AACAAGGGGCUAGUGAAAUAAACAAGUUGGAAGAAGUGAAAUGAACUAAGGUGGUUUUACAAUGUUUAAUUCUGGAAAAAUCGACUCAAAAUCUCCGAUCAAUGCUGAAGUUCUUCUUUCUGAGCCAAGCUCGGGCUGUGAUGGGAUCGAAGAGAGUGAAYGCCUUGAAAGAGCGAGUUGUUCGUACUCGAACCAAAGUGAAAGAUUUCGACUAAAAGAGAGAGCAUAUCGUAGGCAGUAUGCACAGUUAUACGCUGUGCGUCUGAUGACCAUGAGAAAGAAAUUAGCAGCUGCUGCAAGGAGGACAUGGGGGAGCUCAAUGCCCAUWAAGAAGUUAUCUGAGCUGAAGCUGGAAGAAGAGUGUAUCAUWGUUGGCACAUUCUUCAAGAAGAUGGAAAUUAAACCCUCUAUUUUGAAGGAAAUAAGUGCAGAGGAAAACUUGCUUAUUCAACCUGUUAGAGAUAAAUAUACAGAUGAUGAAGAUGAACUAGUAAUGGAAGACGAGACGCAGAGGGUAGCAUUGACAGGGAAUAUAGAAGUGGGAACAUCAAUCAGUGGGACGAUUGUUGCAUUGAAGGGCCAUACAACAGAGAAUGGUAAAUUUGAUGUGGAGAGUGUUUGCUAUAGCGGUCUUCCAUACCAAACUGCUCCUGAUCUUGAUGAGCCAAUGGCUAAUGGUGAAGACAGAUAUUUUGUUCUAAUAUCAGGCCUCGGGUUUGGUAGCGAACACCAAGACAUGCUGAGUCUUCAGAUGCUCUCAGACUUGAUUACUGGAGAGCUCGGUAGCAUCCAGGACCAAGAAUCCAGUUCUAAGAUUGCACGAGUGAUCCUUGCUGGUAAUUCUUUGAGUGAAUCCACACAAGACAAAGAAAGUGAAACAAAGGCAAAGUACUUGACACGAAAUGUUGUUGCUGGUACUGUAGAGGCUGUAAAAGAACUUGACGACUUYCUGUGUCAGCUUGUGGAGUGCGUUCCUGUGGACCUCAUGCCUGGAGAGUUUGACCCCACYAAUCAUAACUUACCUCAGCAAGCCCUUCAUCCUUGUAUGUUCCCAAAAGCAGUUGCCUACCCAACYAUGCAAGGCGUCACAAACCCUUAUGAGGCCAUUAUUGGUGGAGUAAGAGUACUUGGCACAUCAGGACAAAAUGUCAAUGAUAUUUAUCGUAUGACCAGCCUUGAUGACAAGAUGGAGAUCUUAGAGAAAAGCAUCAUAAGUGGUCAUAUUGCUCCUACGGCACCUGACACGUUAGGUUGCUAUCCUUAUUAUGAUCAAGAUCCAUUCAUACUGGAUAAAUGCCCUCAUAUUUACUUUGUUGGAAACCAGCCAAAGUUUCAAAGCAAAGUCUUGAUGG